AUGAAUCACAUCCCACAUCACAUCCCUAAUCACUCGAGCAACGAGGCCCUAUGUCAGACUUCACUCUGUGACGCCCCCUGGUGGUCAACAUCCACCAUGUUUGUCUGCAGCGUCUUUGACUUCUAUCCCAAGUACAUCAGAGUGAGCUGGCUCAGAGACGGAAAGGAAGUCACCUCUGAUGUCUCGUCCACUGAUGAGAUGGCAGACGGUGAUUGGUACUACCAGAUCCACUCUCACCUGGAGUACACGCCCAGGUCUGGAGAGAAGAUCUCCUGUGUGGUGGAACAUGCCAGCCUGAGAGAACCUCUGGUUACUGACUGGGACCCAUCCAUGCCUGAGAUUGAGAGAAACAAGAUUGCCAUUGGAACCUCCGGACUGAUCCUGGGUUUGAUCAUAUUUCUGGCUGGAUUCAUUGACUACAAGAGGAAGGCCAGAGGAAGGACACGAGUUCCCAGUAACUGAGCCGGGACCUCAACCUGGAACUGUGUGUCAGAUUGACGAAAAAGCAGCUGCUGCCACCUGCUGGACACCUCACUCUCUGCUGAGCUCAACUCUGAUACUCAGCAGGUCUAAACUCUGAUGCAGGACUGUUGUGUUAUCAUUCAUUGUUUCAGUACGUUUCUUUUAAACUUUCUGGGAACUGUCAAAGCUGCAGGAAGAACUUUUGUCUUCCUCCUCUUCCUCUGGUGGUGGUAGGCUUAAUCAGCACUGUGCCAGCUCUUUGGAAAGGGCUUGAAUGUAACAGACAUUCAUUUAUAUAUAAAAGUCCUGGACUGUGGUAUUUACACUGACAGUCCUGGAUCAGGUUUAUUCUGGACUCUGGUGUGUCCCAGCUGGAUCUGAACUCAUCUACAUGUGAUAUGAUGCUUUACUGGGUGAUAUUAAUAGUUUACAGCCACUAAGUGAAUUAUUGAAGGUGCGAUAUAUGACAUUCUGAGUCUGGGCUGGGAUUGUCUGCACAUGGCUCUCACCUCUGAUGUCUAGA